GUAUGGUUGUCCAUGACCUUCUUGACGUGAAGCACGUCUCGUGUUUUCGUGCUGUUCUACUGCCUCCCGAAAUACAGCGGGAGAGGAGAUGGCGGAAAGUUCAGGAUAAACUACUUAUUUCAUUUUGCCACUUUACUGGGAACAAUGGUGAAGUAUUUCAGCUGUGCAGGCUUUCUUAAAGGCACAUGGGACCAAGUUUUUCAAGCCUUCUGGCAAAAAUACCCAAAUCCUUACAGUAAUCAUGUGUUGACAGAGGACAUAAUCUUUCGGGAGGUGACUCCUGAUAAUUGCCUUGUUUCCCGACGACUCUUGACCAAAACCAGCCGAGCACCACGUUGGGCAGAAAAGUUUUUGCCCAGUCACAUGGCCCGCAAGGCGUACAUCAUUGAGGAUUCUGUAGUGGAUCCCCAGAAAAGGACCAUGGUCUCUUUCACCUGGAACAUCAGCCAUGCAUCUCUCAUGUCCGUGGAGGAGCGCUGUGUGUACACAGUGAGCCUUGACAACAGCAACCUUACAGAAAUCAAGAGAGAGGCGUGGAUCUCCUCCAGCCUCUACGGCUUUUCCAGAGCUAUUCAGGAAUUUGGCCUUGCCCGAUUUAAGAGCGGUGUAGUAAAGACAAUGAAAGGAUUUGAAUACGUCUUGGCCAAAAUGCAAGGUGAAACCCCUACGAGAACGCUGGCAGAGACCGCAACAGAGAGAGCCCGUGAGACGGCGCUCGCUGCUAAAGAAAAGGCUAAAGGCCUAGCCUCUCAAGCACAGAAAAAACAAUACGUAUGAUGGAGAGACUUUGAUGGGGGCACCAUCUUUAAGCCUGCAUUUGAUUUCACCUGUUCCCUCACCGAAGCCCUUUAAUAUUUUCUCACUAAAGAAAAUGUGACUUAGUUGACUGGAAUUUUGUGGCCCUUGUAGUCAGUAGUUCAGACAACAUGGCUAUGUUCAAACAUCCUAUUUUUAGGUUACUGUGUAUAAGCAGGAGACAUGAAAUUGGCAUUUGUCCAAACAAAUUAAAUUAAACCACGAUUGCUUUUGUACAGCUUUCUGGACAUGCAAAACGAACUGUGAAAAAUUGUAGGCUGUGAUAUUUUAUAUAAUGUGAGAGAGCGCGAGCAUACAGCAUCCUUGUUAUUUUUUUAGUUUGUGUUGUUAGUGAUUAAUAUGUGACAGGACAUUGCCUGGUAUGAUCCGUGUGCUCUGCUUGAACAAAUUUUCAUAUGUAACUGUUAUCUGUAAAAUCUUCAACGACUGAAAAAUGUUUCAGGUUAUUCAGAUUAUUGAAUCACCUAGCUUUAACUACUCUGGGCAGUCAAAAAGCAUUUCAUAAGGGUGUACUCCUGACUACUUGGCCUAUAUUUCAAAAUUUUAAGAAAUUCCUGCUGACUUGAACAUAGCCUCCAUGUUUCUUUUAUUUAUUCCUGUUUCCCCCCCUUACUAUUUUACUGCGUAUUUUAAAACCUUUAAUUCCCAAACUUUUUUUGUGAUGAUUUGUUAAUACAAUGUCAGUCACGGUUCAACGGUGUUAAACACAUUUUUCUGUUUUGCUUUAUAUGAUUUCAUUGCUUCAAAUUGAAGUGAUAUGAGGGUUGAUGGGGUCCAGAUUACAAAGCAGUCACUGUCUGUGUGUGCUGUGCAAAUAAAGGACAACAUGCAAGAUAGGAUUGCAGCGAAAGGCAGUGUCUGUAUAUGCUUGAAUCUUUAGUGUUUAAAAUUAUACUUCCUCGAAAACAAAUCUUGGAAUAUGAAGUUAAAAAACUGUUAAUAUUGAACCAGCAAAGCUCUUAAAUUCAGUGCUUACUGUCAAUAAAAAAAAAUCCUCAAA